AUGGAUCGCAGUUGGCAUGUGCCAUUUCUUGGAGCCUUGGUGACCUUUUUCUCGUCAUCGUUGUACAGGCUAUCAGGCCUUCUUUUCGUGGAAAUUAUGGAAGAGUUUAGCGUGAACCGGGAGCAGGCUUCGUGGCCCGUGAAUAUGAUGUCAAGCGGUUACGACAUGGGUGGUCUGCUGUAUGGUCUACUUUCCCAGUGUCUAAGCUUACUUCAGACGGCCUUCAUUGGAGCCUUGCUAACAUCACUGGGAGUCAUUACCUCUGUCUUCGUGUCGAACAUUUGGUGGAUGACUUUUACCUUGGGUUUGGUGCACGGACUCGGCAGUGGAACGAUAGCCGUCUGCGUACAAGUGUUUGUGAGCCAGCAUUUCGCGGUUUACCGAGGAAUAGCCCACGGCAUUGUAUACACUGGAGCAGGUGUUUCAACUUUCGUCUUGCCAAGUCUCAUACUGUUACUAAUACGUGUAUACAACUUAAAGGGCACUAUAUUUCUUCUGGGUGGUCUCCUUCUGAACUUGAUUCCUCUUUGUGCAUUUUUCAGUCAUCCCUUGACAAUCGCACGGGCGGAGUUUCAUGUAAUUGACAUCUGCGAUAAUUUAAAUGACUCUGCAGACGCACUCCACAGGGAAGCAAAACAAUAUGGAACAUUAGGAAAACCUACCUUCAAGUCCCCGGAAUCAAAACCAAAGCUCAUGAAGAUGGUGGCAGAGUUACUCCGAACUUCAAUUUUCUACGUCCUGUUUUUAUCGUGGCUAGCGAUGUAUUUGAACCUGGACUUAAUUACGACCACUAUUGUUGACCUUUCCAGGGACAUUGGAAUCUCAGAAUCCAAAGCCGCUACCCUGCUUUCCUAUUUCUCAAUCACGGACGUGUUAGGCCGACUACUGAUUCCUCUGAUUGCAGAUAAGAACCUCCUCCGUCGCAGCACUUUGUCAUCCAUCAGCUUACUCUCUGCCGGAAUACUUGUCGCCGCCCUCGCUAGCGUGAAAUCACAUGCCAUGUUAGUUGUCGUAGUCCUCGCUAUGGCUGCGGCAAUGGGUUGCUCGCUAUCAAUGUUUGCUGUGUUACUGGCGGACUAUCUCGGCCUCGAAAGGCUUUCGGCUGGAUAUGGCUUAUGCAGUGUCAUCGGUACCCCAAUUCUUCUACUGAAGCCUCUCAUCAUAGGUUAUUUCAGAGACACUGUUGAAUCAUACGUGAACAUGUACCGCAUCCUGGCUGGGCUUCAGAUCAUCAACAGUUGCCUUUGGUUUGGUGUGCUACUGAAAGAACGUACAGAGUUCGCCGCGACGUCCCUUCGGGAAUGA